UGUACGCGCGCGGGCAGAAGCGGCGUGACGUCGGCAGGUAAAGUUGGGAAUAUGGCGUUGUCGGUGUUGUGCUGCUUGAGGUGGUGUGGAAAUGGAGGUUCCGGACACAUUCAGCUCAAGGAAAUGCCUGCCGUGCAGUUAGACACGCAGCAUAUGGGAACGGAUGUAGUUAUUGUUAAAAAUGGGAGGAGAAUAUGUGGCACAGGAGGUUGCCUAGCCAAUGCACCUUUACAUCAGAACAAAAGUUACUUUGAAUUCAAAAUCCAAUCAACAGGAGUUUGGGGGGUUGGAGUUGCUACUCAAAAAGCUAAUCUUAACCAGAUCCCCUUUGGUCGAGAUGCACAAAGUUUAGUACUUAGGCAUGAUGGAGCUAUUUAUCACAAUAAUGAGGAGCGAAACCGACUACCAGCUAACAGUCUUCCCCAAGAAGGAGAUGUUGUGGGACUGACUUACGAUCAUGUGGAAUUGAACGUUUAUUUGAAUGGGAAAAAUAUGCAUUGUCCAGCAUCUGGAAUCAGGGGUACAGUGUAUCCCGUUGUAUAUGUUGAUGACAGUGCAAUUUUGGAUUGUCAGUUCAGUGAAUUUUACAGUCCUCCACCUCCAGGAUUUGAAAAGAUUUUAUUUGAACAGCAAAUCUUCUGAUAUGCACUCUAUAAAUGUUGCAAGCACUGUUACCUUGCCUGCUCCUGCUUAGAUGUUUGGUUGGAAGUUGCUUGAGUGCAGUUUCCUUAAAUUGUCAGUACCUUGAAUGACAAUGCAGCAUAAAGAAUUUAGGUUUAUCACGCUUUCAUCUUUCAUUGUCUAAUAACGUUUUUAAAAACAUUUUUUAGAUGACCAUUGGCAUAAAUGUGAGGUGCAAUGAAUAAUAGACCUUAUGCACCGUAGAACAAGAAAAACUAGAACUCACAACACUUGUCUGGGAAACAUGCAGCUUCAUUAUUACUGUACUUACUCAGUUAGGUACAAGUACCAAACAAAUAAUUGAGCUAAGUUCUACGUGUAUUUUUAAUCCCUUUACUCUGUCCAGCAUUUAUUUUUGUACCUACUUGUAUGUACUAAUGAUAUCAGGGUAUUUUCUGUCCUUACAGUAUUUCUCUCAACAUUUUGUACUCUUAAGUCUCAGUUAAAUUUUGCCACUAUGGUUAUCGAUUUACUUGACUUUGCCCUUUCAAUAUCAUCUCACCAUUUCUGUUUUGCUUCCUCUUGAACUUAUUUUGGUGCUGAGAUGAGUACACUAUUGGAUGUAAGGCAUCUUCAAAAUCACUAGUUAAAAUCAGCUUUACUUUAAGCACAAAUCAAUCACAAUACAAAGACCAGGCCGUCCAUCAGUCAGAAAAAUAUGACUUUUGUCUGACUAAGAUCUGUAGGAUCCAGUGGCCCAAUUCAUUAGCAUCUAGCUAGGCUUCCCCAGAAAAAAAAAGUGAGGUUUCUUCCCUGUCCCCAAAUAAAAUGCCAUAAAUAUGAAAUUAAAACAGAAUUUUGGAAACAGCUGAUCAGAUAUGUUGAAAGAGUUAACAUUUCAAGUUGAUGGCAUUCACAACUAGAAGGAUUUAGUCAUGGCAACAUUUAAGCAAGUUCAGAGCUGCAGAAGUGCCAGGAAAAGGGGAAAAUGAUUGGAUGAGGAGUAAGAUGAAUGUGAUUUAUUUAAUUCAUUGGUCCAUUGAUACAUGUCUGACACAAGAACAAGGUAUUGGUUCUGACAAAGAGCCUGUGACCUGGAAUGUUAACUGUUCCUUUUCACACAAAUGUGACCUAAUCUGCUGAAUAUUUCCAGCAUUUUCUGUUUUGAAAGUAUUGGAGAUGCCAAAAAUGUUAACUGAAGGAGGUUAAAGCAGGUCAGGUGACAUCUGUGGAUUGAGAAACACUUUGUUCAUCAUUAACAAAUAUUUUAAGGUAUUGAGAUAGGGAUGGUGGAAAGGAGCAGGGCAGGUACAUGUCAGAAUGGAAAGUGAUCAAAUAAAUCGUGUUGAAUUGUCUUUUGGCUUUAAAGCACAAGUUUGUCACUAGUCAUCUCUUACCUCCUGUUGAUCUUCCACUGAGAUUCAAAUGUGUGCUCAGAAUGAAGCAGGAAGUUACUAAGAAUAAGUGGUGUUUUUGAAUGUUUAUCACAGGAUUGGAGUUGUGGAUAAGGUCUAUUCUAGUAUGCGGUAUACAAAGUUUCUGUGAAAUCAUUUUUUAUAUAAAAAUUUUGAAGCGGUGUACAGUUCUUUGUGUAGAUGGUGUAGAAUCUCCAGUGUUCCUUAAUAUUUUCAAAAGAUGGAAGAUGUUAAACAAAACAUGGUUUUAUUGUUUCUGCAAUUAUUUGUAUUGAAAGUAUUAAUCUAAAGUGGAAACAUUGUAGUUACUGUAAUCAAAAAUCAGACCUAUGUUCUUAUUAGUUUUAGAAAUCCUGAAAAGCCAUACAAAAGAAUUGAAUUGAGGUUAUCAAUAAUAGCUUUGUGUUACUUCAGGAUGGUUUAGAAGCAAGUUGUAACCAGACUGUCCAUCACAGUGUAGAGGACAGUAAUAUUUAUUUACCGAAUAAUUAAAACAAUAUCCCAAAGUCAACUAUUGUGCCUCGUAUAGUAAGAUUAAAUAUUCCAAUUAUGUUCUAGUUUUUUUUUCCCAGUGAUGCAGUGAAAUAAAUGCAACAUUUUUAAAUACGGUUUUGUUGAUUAAUACCUUCUGGAUUUGAAUUAAUUUUCUUAGAAAUUAUAUUGUGAGGAUGGUUCUGUUUUAGUGAGGCUGUGUAAUUAAAAUUCUGAAUGUUUGUGUAUUUUAAUGCCCUUAAAUGGUGAUGGAUUUGGGCAAAGAUAAGCUCAGUUCAGAGUUGAACAUUAUGGUUAUUAGGCUUAGAUCUUUUACCUCAGCACUGCUUGCCUUUGUUAACUUCAUUUUCCUUAACACUAAAAUCUCUGUCCUGAAUAUAACCAGUGACUGAGCCCUUAAAACUCUUGAGAAUUCCAAGUGUUACCCCUCGGAGUGAAGAAAUUUCUUCUCAUCUCAGUCCUGAAUGGCCAACUCCUUAGUCUGAUUCUACAGUCUAGUUCUAAACACCCAAGCAACAGAAACAAUAUCCUUGCUUCAGUCCUUAUUCUCACCCCAUACAAUAACCUGGCAUACAAGGAAUCAAUCUUUCUCAUAACUGUGCAUUUUAUGAAGGAAAACCAGACCUGUGCAUUAUUUAACUGCAGCAUUACCAAACUACUUAUUUGGAGCUGGAUCCCACAAGCUGGAUACACAGAUCCUUUUGCAAUAACAACCUUCAUACAGCUUGCCUUCCUCUUUGCUCACUGAACAUUAAUGAACUUUAUGCGAUUAGUGAAGAAGGACAUCCGGGGCUCUUAACAUCCCAGUGGUCCACCAUUCUAAAAAAUGGUGGGCAUUGUAUCAAAGCAGGUUUUCAUAAUUGUCAGCACUUUUCCAUAUACAGUGGAUUCCAGCUAACUGGGCUAUCGGUUAAUUGGGGCAGACACUUAUUUGGGACAACUCUUAACAAAAACUAAUCAAGAAAAUAGCCACAAUUCUCUGUGUUUAUUUGGAACACUAGGCUACUUAAUUGGGGCAGGAGACUUGCUGAACAGUUUCUAAGCAGCGUCAGACACAUGCACCAUGUGGCCAUGUUUAGAACAAGCAGUUUUUAAAUAGCGUCAGUACUUGUGCUCAAAAAAGCAGUGAUUUUUCAUAGAUAGUUGAUGAGAAAUAAGCAGUAAGGCAAUUCAGACCGGUUUUGCUCUCUGCUGUUUCAAGCAUUCAGACUUGGAGGUGCCAGAAACGGCUGGGAGCCAAAAGGGAAACUAUUUCACCACUUCAACAAAUUACAAAGAAUUUGAAGGUAUCGACAAUAAACUUGAACAUUGCAAUGUAUCAUCUACACUAGAUGCCAAGCACUGAUAUUGUUCAUCUGCAGUCAAAGAGAAUGUGACAGUGUUCACUGGAUGAACUAUUAGGAGCUCAUACAGUUUUACGGUACUGUAGUUCUAUUGAGUGUUCAAGUUUGUUCUGCAUUUCAUUUAAAUACAUAAUUUGUUACUCAGUUAAAUGGUAGUUUGUCUUAACUAUUUGCAUGAAACCAGCUAAUUAGGGCAGCCACUUAAUUGAGCCAAAUUGUACUGGUCCCAAUGUGACCAAUAAACAGUCCUGAGCUCGUUCAUUCAUUUGGUCUGGCAAUAGCCUCGGCAUCCUCACAAUUCAGUACAACCUAGCUUUAUGUUACUGCAACUAGUUAGAUUGUUUUUCCUCCUACUAUAUACGUGUUCAUGAUAAAUUCAUCUUAUAUUAAAUUCAAAAAGGAGCACAAAUGAGGUGUACAAAGACAUCAGAUGUGUAUAUUUAUUUUGAUUUCUUUCAUUAUGGUGGCAAAACUAGUAUGUGCCAAAGAGAUGGAAUCUGUUUUAGUGAAUGUGAUUAACAUUAAAUACUAUGCUCCAUUUGGGAAAGUGCACAUUGUUAAUGUAACUGCUUGAAAUAUGUUGUCAAAUUGUGACUGUUGCAAUGAAAUAAAUAUUGGCUUAUUUUGCCUAUAAAUUA